CAGGUGUCAGACAGCGUAACGGGGUGUCGGAGUGAGCCGGGGGACCUGAUGGAGAAAUUUCAGGCUGCCAUGGUGCUGGCGGGCGCGGGCGACGCGCUGGGAUACCGUAAGGGCCGCUGGGAGGGCUGUACUUCGGGCAGGAAGAUUCAGGAGGAGCUCGCCACGUUGGGCGGGCUGGCGGGCCUCAGGUUGGACCCCGAAAACUGGCCAAUGAGCGACGGGGCACUGAUGCACAUGACCACCGCAGAGGCACUCAUCACAGAUUUCUGGUGUCUAGAGGACCUGUACCGGGAGCUGGUGCGGCUGUACGUGGAGGCAAUGACAUCCCUGCAAGGUCGCCCGCCAGAUCAAAGCACUGUAGACAGCUUCAUGGACCUGAAACCUGACAACUUCCUGCUUGCGUGGCAUACCCCCUUCAACGAGAAAGGCUCAGGAUCUGGAGCAGCCACCAAGGCCAUGUGUAUCGGCAUGCGGUACUGGCAGCCGGAAAAGCUGGACAACCUGGUGGAAGUGAGCAUCGAGACGGGCCGCAUGACGCACAACCACCCUAUAGGUUUCCUGGGGUCGCUGAGCACCGCGCUCUUCGCCUCCUACGCAGUGCAGGGCAAGCCGCUGGUGCGCUGGGGUCGCGACCUCAUGAAGGUCAUUCCAAAAGCUGAGGACUACUGCCGGAAGACAAUACGACAUAUGGCAGAGUACCAGGAGAAGUGGUUUUACUUCGAGGCAAAGUGGCAGAUCUACCUGGAAGAGCGAGGCAUCGAGAACGAGGAACAGAACAAGCCCACGUUCCCUGACCGCUAUGACCCCGAGGAGACGGACAAGGUGUACAAGAGCUGGAGCUCAGAGGGGCUUCCAGGGAGAAGGGGGCAUGAUGCCCCCAUGAUCGCCUACGAUGCCCUGCUGACCUCCGGGUCAGACUGGACAGAGCUGUGCAAGCGUGCCAUGUUUCAUGGAGGUGAGAGCACUGCCACAGGCCUUAUCGCAGGGUGUCUGUACGGGCUGCUCUAUGGGCUGAACCAGGUCCCUGCCGGGCUGUACCAGAACCUGGAGAAGAGGGAGCGUCUGGAGGAAUUGGGGCGAGAACUCCACAAGGUCACAGCUCCUGAGAAGUAA